GUAAAUAUAAACUGCAAAACAUUUCGGUUGAGAUGUAUAAAAAGUGGAGAGCAAGGUCUGCCAGCCAAAAAACGAAGAACGGGAUAAGGCAGAGGCCACGAACAUUAUCAAUAUAUAUUAAAGCCCUCACCCUCUCUCUCUCUCUCUCUCAGGUGCCAUGGCUUCCCAAGUUAUCCGAGAAUGGUCAGGGAUAAACACAUUUGCACCAGCUACUCAGACCAAGUUGUUUGAAUUGUUGGGAAAACUCAAGAUUGAGAAUGUGAGCACUUUGACUAUACUUGUGAUGGGAAAAGGUGGAGUUGGAAAAUCUUCCACUGUGAACUCACUCAUAGGAGAAAGGGCAGUUUCUAUUAGUCCUUUUCAGUCUGAAGGUACAAGACCGGUGAUGGUGUCACGCUCAAGGGCGGGAUUUACGUUAAAUGUUAUUGAUACGCCUGGGCUCAUAGAAGGGGGAUAUAUCAAUGAUAUGGCACUUAAUAAUAUUAAGAGCUUUCUUCUGAACAAGACAAUAGAUGUUCUACUGUAUGUGGAUCGAUUAGAUGCAUAUAGGGUUGAUAACUUGGACAGAGAGGUUGUCAAAGCUAUAACAGAUAGUUUUGGAAAAGCAAUCUGGAACAGGGCAUUGGUUGUCCUUACACACGCUCAGCUUUCACCACCUGAUGGUUUGCCCUAUGAUGAGUUCUUUUCAAAAAGAUCAGAAGCUCUUGUAAGAGCCCUUCGUCUUGGUGCUGGACUCAAGAAACAUGAUAUGCAGGGUUCAGCAAUUCCUGUGGUUUUGGUUGAGAACAGUGGGAGGUGUAAUAAGAAUGAGAAUGAUGAAAAGAUUCUUCCAACUGGCACUCCUUGGAUUUCUCAAUUAGUUCAAAUUAUCACAGAAGUGGCCUUGAAUGGAAGCAGGUCUAUUUUUGUUGAUAAGAAAUUGAUUGAAGGGCCAAACCCCAAUGAUAGAGGAAAAUUCUUGAUUCCCAUAUUUUUAGCUUUCCAAUACUUCUUUGCCAUCAAACCAAUUGAGUGGGCAAUCAGGGGUGAUAUUGCACAGGAGAGUAGACCAUCAUGGGAGACGCGGGAUACAAGCAUGGCCAGUCGCAGAUUCUGAUUUGGCUAUCUAGAGGAAUUUUUUCUGAGUUGAUCCUGUCCUUUUUUCAUUUACCUUGCUAUAAGUAGGCUUAUCCCGUCUUUGCUUUAUCUACCUUGUUAUAGGUAGGCUAUCGUGUCUGUUCAUGCACUUUUUAGUAUAUUCUGCAGUAGCAAUAAUUAGCGGCCGUGGAUUGUUUUAACGUUUUUAGAGAGAACUGGAUUUUGGUAUUUUGGUUAUGUUCUUCCUUUAAGAUUGCUAUAAAUAAUUUGAUUAUUCUGUCUGAA